UUCAGCGGCACCUGGCAACAUGUGGAUACUUUUUCACCCCUUUUUCACUCUCUCCCCCAACGGCAUGCUACCUCUGCCGGUGGCUUCUGCAAACUCUCUGUCUUGUACACUGUUGACUAAAAGCUUCGUCUUUUAAGACUAUAAUCCAAGAGAUUGGUUUGGAUUUUGCCUCUCCAAAGGAUGGAUUUCACAUCUAUCCACACUGAGGAUCCAGUCCAGUGGGAUUUUAUAACUAGAGUCUCUCCACAACAGCUGUCAGUCUGCCACAUGUGUUGUUAGCCUCUUUUCAGCACAGACAUUUAUGUGAAGACGAUGAAUAGCCAACCACUGCAAACACUAAACGAGAUGUCCCUCCUUGGUCAUGCAGAGGGUCACCGCUUUGGGAACGCUUUGUCUGAGACCAUUACUGAGAAAGAAGACAGCAUAAAACACCUUCUUCGAAUGAGAGUCCGAUAGACACUGCUGUUUCUGCAGCAAACAUGGAGGUGGGCAACAUCGAUAACUCCUCAGUCCAUGACAACUCAUCAGACAUCCACCCAGUCACGCACAGCUUGUGGGAGGUCAUCACCAUAGCGACGGUGUCGGCUAUCGUCAGCUUAAUAACCAUCGUGGGGAAUGUUCUGGUGAUGCUGUCCUUCAAGGUGAACAGCCAGCUGAAGACGGUGAACAAUUACUAUCUACUGAGCCUGGCUUUCGCCGACCUCAUCAUUGGCGUGUUUUCCAUGAAUUUGUACACUUCUUAUAUACUGAUGGGCUACUGGUCGUUGGGCAGUUUGGCUUGUGACCUGUGGCUAGCCCUGGACUAUGUGGCUAGUAACGCAUCAGUCAUGAACUUGCUUGUCAUCAGCUUCGAUAGGUACUUCUCCAUCACCAGGCCUCUGACGUACCGGGCCAAACGGACACCAAAGCGAGCCGGGAUCAUGAUUGGCCUGGCAUGGCUGGUGUCAAUUGUCCUCUGGGCACCACCCAUCCUGUGCUGGCAGUAUUUCGUGGGUGAGCGGACGGUACCUGAGCGUCAGUGCCAGAUCCAGUUCUUUUCAGAGCCGGUGAUCACUUUCGGCACGGCCAUUGCUGCGUUUUACAUCCCCGUCUCGAUCAUGACCAUCCUCUACUGCCGCAUCUACAAGGAGACAGAGCGGCGCACCAAGGACCUGGCUGAGUUGCAGGGCAUGAGCUCGGCUAUGGACUCGAGCGGCAGCAGCGGCAAGUCCCAGAAGACCAUCAUCAGGUCCUGCUUCAAGUGCAAGCAGAUGAACAAUGGCGGCGCGCGGGACCGGACCCAGGCUUCCUGGUCCUCUUCAAGCCGCAGCAAUGUCACCAAGUCGGCGGCCACGUCCAACGACGAGUGGUCCAAGACCGACCAGCUGACAACAUUCAACAGCUAUGCAUCGUCCGAGGACGAGGAACGUCCCAUAUCUCCUGGAGGCAUCUUCCAGCCAUCUUACCGGAACGAGGCUUGCCAGGACAACAGGUGCUCCAUGGCCACAACAACAGUGCCACCAACUGAUGGCGAGCAGCUCAGCAGCUAUGAUGAGGACAGCUUCUUCCCAUCGCCGCUCAAGAGCAGCUCACAGAAGAGUAAGAAGUGCGUCUCCUACAAGUUCAAACCCGUCGCCAAGGAGACCAGCCUGGGUGAUGGAGGAAGUGGCAGCACCGACGGUAAUGACAGCCCCCGGCAAGACCACCAACAGCAGCCGCAGCAACCGAGCAAAAACGGAGGCACCAAGGGCGGCCCGGCCACAUCCUCUUUCUCUUCGGCGGAAUCCAUGAGCGCCCCGUCCACCACGUCCUCUUCGAAGCCGGCCGACGGGACGCUAAAGAGCCAAAUGACCAAGAGGAAGCGAAUGGUGCUGAUCAAGGAGCGCAAGGCGGCACAGACGCUGAGUGCCAUCCUGCUGGCCUUCAUCCUCACAUGGACGCCGUACAACAUCAUGGUGCUCAUCUCCACCUUCUGCUCCGACUGCAUCCCGCUCUCGCUCUGGCACCUGGGCUACUGGCUGUGCUACGUCAACAGCACCGUCAACCCCAUGUGCUACGCGCUGUGCAACAAGACCUUCCAAAAGACCUUCCGCAUGCUCCUGUUGUGCCAGUGGAAGAGGAAGCGUGUUGAGGAGAAGCUCUACUGGUAUGGCCAGAACCCCGUGGUUAGCACUAAACUCACGUGAACUCUCACACACUCACAAGCUCACACAAGCACCUGGAACAAGCAUUUUCUAUAUCAUAUCAGUAGGAAUGCACAGUACAGGACAAGUGCUGUUGAUUCUGGUGGGAACUGGAAGUCAGGGGUAUUGCUAGGAAUUUUGGACCCUAUAAAAGAAUAUAAUAUUGCCCCAAUAUCCUCCACCCUUCCAUCCAUCCCCAUUAAUAACAUUCAUCAUUAUCAUCUAUGAGGGCCCCUCUCAGUGCAGGCCUUUUGGAAUCAUCCUAACCCACAACUUUACCCCACCCCACCCAACCCUUUUCACAGUGCCCCUACUAGAAAUGAUGACUUUAUUAUUGUUUAAAGGGUGUUUGGGAAACAACCACUGAUCCUUGAAAACAGCAACCGUUCUGUUCUGUGCACCACUUCCACUGCAGAAAGAAAUG